AGUUUCCGGUUUGGGGAGUUGGAGAGGGACACGUGUUUCUCUUCUUCGUGUCCGGCCAUGGGGGAGUUCGAGGUGCACCGGGCGCGGCUCUUCAGCUUCGUGCCCUCCGGGGUGCGCUGCCUGGCCUUCGCGGGGCCUCCCCUGCUCGCUUCGGGGCCUCUCCUGGCUCUGGCCCGCCUCGACGGCGCCCUCGAGCUCUGCCACCUCCAGGCCAACGCCUUCCGGGACAAGGUGAUUCCUGGCCACGAGACGCAGGUCCCGGAGGCACUCUGCUGGGGGGCAGGGGGCCGCCUGUUUGGCGCAGGCCUCAGCGGAGACAUCUUCGAGUACGACCUGCAGAGGCUGUGCAUCAAAUAUUCCUUGGAUGCCUUCGGAGGCCCCCUCUGGAGCAUGGAGGCCCAUCCCAAUGGGACCCAGCUUGCGGUUGGCUGCGAUGACGGCUCCAUCAAACUCUUUGUCAUCUUGCCGGACCGAAUCCAAUUUGAGCGGCAGUUGGACCGACAGAAAGGCCAAAUCCUGUCCCUCUCCUGGCACCCUUCUGGCACCAAGAUCGCAGCAGGUUCCCUUGACAUCAUCCACAUUUUUGAGGUCAAAUCAGGCCAUUGCACUCAGCAGAUCCGUGUAGAGCGGGGGCUACAGGCCCCUCAGGGCCAGAGCUGUGUGGUCUGGGGCCUGGCCUUCCUCUCGGACAACACCGUGGUCAGCGCCGACUCCUCCGGGAAGGUCCAGUUCUGGGACUCAGAAAUGGGGACGCUGCUCUCCAAGCAUCCGGUCAGCAAGGCAGCGGCCCUCUGCGUGGCAGUCUCUGAGGCGGGGGACAGCCUUGUGGUGGGCACCUCGGAGGGCACCGUCAUCCAGUUCCAGCUUCUCCCAGCCCGCCUGGGCCAUACCGAGCUCCAGUGGGUCCGCACCCGGCAGUUCCAUCACCACACGCAUGACGUCCGGACAGUGGCCCACAGCGCAACCGCGUUCUUCUCCGGAGGGCUGGACGGGCAACUGGUGAUCCGACCACUGAUGGAGAAAGUGGAAUUCAAGAGCUAUGAGGCUGCCCUUCGGAAGAUCACCUUCCCUCAUAGGUGCCUGGUGUCCUUUGCGCGAAAGCCCCACCUCCUCCUCUUCCAGUACCCGCAACACCUGGAGCUGUGGCGCCUUGGAGCCACUGAUGCCACAGGAAAAGCAGGGGACGUCCUCCCUGUGUCUCGUCCUCCGGAGCACCUCUUGCAGCUCAAGGCCAAGGGUCCGGAGCACAUUGGCAGCAGCUGCCUCUCUCCCUGCGGCGGGUGGAUCGCCUACUCCUCUGCCUCCAGGUUCUGCCUCCACCGUGUCCGGAUCGAGGGUGGCCAGGUGUCCCUCCAGAGGGUCCCCAAUGUCCCGAAGCUGCUCCGUUCUGCUCACUGCCUGCUCUUCUCUGCUGAUUCCACCCGGCUCUUUGUGGGGUCAGAUCGUGGCUGUGUCCACGUCCUGAAGCUCCUGAAAUCGAGGAAUUCCUGCAAACACCUGCACACUCUCCGCCCUAAUACAGAAACGGCAGAAGCUGUGUACUUGCUGGCUGCAAGUGCCGAUGGCAAGUGGUUGGCAGCAGCCAGUGGAGACCGGGAGAUCAAUGCCUACAGCUUGGAAGAGUCCAAGCUGCAUUGCACUGUUCCUGCCUACGACUGUCCAGCCUCCGCUUUGGCCAUUCACCCUCUGACCAACAACCUGGUCAUCGCCCAUUCAGAUCAGCAGCUGUUUGAGUUCAGCCUGGCCAAUCGGGAAUACACUCCCUGGAGCCGGAAGGUGCAGCAGUCGGGCUUGCACAGGAACUGGCUGGAACGGGACACCCCCAUCACCCACCUGGCCUUCAGCCCCCGGCAGGACACCCUCCUCCUCCUCCAUGACACAUACAUGUUCUGCAUCAUAGACAAGACCCUGCCGCUGCCCAGCGAGACGUCCGUCUUGAGUAACCAGCUCUCCCUCUUGCAGCUCCCUCGGGCCGCCCAACGUUCCGCCAGCCAUGCCUUCAAGGUCUGCAAGAAGUACCAGCCUCUGCUCUUUGUGGACUUCUUGGGCGAAGACUCCUUGGUGGUGGUGGAGCGCUCCAUCACUGACCUCAAGGCCCAGCUGCCGCCCCCGGUGUAUCAGAAGAAGUUCGGCACCUAAAGGCAAAAGACCCCCAGGCCCUUGCUUAUGCUGCUGCUCCAUCUAAAAAAAAACAAGCCCUGCAGAACUGCUCUUUCAGUCCAUUGCAGUCAUUCAGGGAAGCUGAGCCUCAGGUGGGUUCAAGGUCUCCUACUCUUUGGAGAAGCGAGAGAAAGAAAACAAAGGGUGCCUGGGCCUCGGGCCAGUGCAGGCUCCUUGCCCUUGGCUCCUUGCCCUGCUUCUGGCUUUAUCAGAGCCGAUCCUGACCUUGGGAGCCUUGGGAGCCAGGCUCUGGAUGAAUAGUUCUUGCAUUGCGUCAAUGAUUAACCGCCAAAGAACAGGCCCAAGGCUCAGCAAGGAGUGAGGGCGUAGUGAAGUUUUAUACUGAUCUAUUCCUUUUGUAAUAAAUUGUAAGAAACACA